AUGAAACCAGGAAACCACACCAGUAUCUCUGAAUUCCUCCUCCUUGGCCUCUCUGAGCAGCAGGAACAGCAGUCUCUUCUUUUUGUCAUCUUCCUAGGCAUAUACCUGGUCACUGUGGUGGGGAACAUUCUUAUCAUUCUUGCCAUUGGCUUGGAUCUGCGCCUUCACACUCCCAUGUAUUUCUUCCUGGCCAACUUCGCCUUCACUGAUGUGUGUUUAUCAACAACCACGAUUCCUAAGAUGCUGGUGAACAUCCAGUCUCACAGGCACACCAUCUCCUAUGCUGGAUGCCUGUCCCAGAUCUACUUCUUCCUAUGGUUCAUUGGUCUAGAUGUUUUCCUCCUGGCAGUGAUGGCAUAUGACCGGCUUGUGGCUAUCUGCCACCCCCUUCACUACACCUUGGUCAUGAGUUUCAGAUGCUGCAUCCUGCUGGUGGUCAUGUCCCUAGUCCUUACUCAUUCAUACUCUCUAACCCACACCAUUCUCCUGGCUCAAUUAUCCUUCUGCACUGACAGCAUCAUCCCCCACUUCUUUUGUGAACUUCUCCCCCUGUUAAAACUGUCUUCUUCCAAUUCUUAUGCCAACCAAUGUGUGCUGAUAUACUGGGGAGGGGCUUUAACUAUCUUUAUCCCCCUGCUAAUCAUCAUUUCUUACAUCCGCAUUGUGGCUACCAUUGUGAGGGUACCAUCAGCAAGUGGGAAGUGGAAGGCCUUCUCCACAUGUGGCUCCCACCUCUCAGCAGUUUGCUUGUUUUAUGUUUCUGCUAUUGGAGUGUACUUCCUUCCCUCCAUGGUUGAUUCAGCUGGCAAAGACAGGAUUGCAGCAGUGAUGUAUGCUGUGGUGACCCCCAUGAUGAAUCCAUUCAUCUACAGCCUGAGAAACAAAGACAUGAAGCGUGCCUUGGAGAGACUCCUUAGCAGGAGGGCAUUGCCAUCUCCAUGA